CGGCUUUCCACAAGCCAAGCCAAGCGUAACUGUAUGAAUCUUUCGAGCAGCCAUUCCAGCACAACCAAAGCGCAGCAGCGCGAGGAUUCAAAGUCCGUUUCAGUCACCGCCCGCCCUAAUUAUCACGAGCCCCGGACUAAGACCAUGGUCAACAAGUGGGUGGUCCUCAUAGGGGUGGAUGUCUACGAAGGUCCCAAGGUGGAAACCAAGAAAGACAUUUUGGGCAAGCCCAUUGAGUAUGAAUGCCUCCAUGGGGCGGUGCUCGAUAUAAUGCAGGUCAAAGAGCAUCUGAUCAAGCAUAUGGGGGUUAAGAAGUGCCGAAUUAGAACACUUCUAACAGCGCCAUGGGAUGGCGAGUCCACAUGCCCAUCAGAUGGACCCCCUACAUACGACAACAUGAAACUUGCGAUGCAAUGGGUUCUCGAUAAGGCAAAAGAGGGAGACCUCGUCUACUUCCACUACUCUGGCCACGGAGCCCAGGCCACAACUGUGUACCCGACGCUGAAAGGCAACCAGGGCCUCGACGAAGCUCUCGCUCCAACAGACGCCAAUAACGGCGGGAAGUAUCUGCGCGACGUUGAGAUUGCCCUCUGGCUCAAGAAAGUGGUGGACCGAAAGCUGCAGGCAACCAUCGUACUGGACUGCUGCCACUCCGGCAGCGCGACUCGAGGUUCCGGGCGAGUCAAAUUCCGCGGCAUCCCUCAGACGUACAAGUCGACCGAGGCAGACAAGCCUUCGUCGAUAUUCAUCGACGAGCUGCUUGCGCACGGCAUCGGGAGGGCAGACGACGAGGUCCACGAGGGCAGCAUAUUAAAGGACAGCGUGUUGCUGGAGCCACAGGGCUACGCACUCCUGGCAGCAUGUCAGGCCCGCCAGUCUGCACGCGAGUACGAAGACAGCAAGGGCAUCUGGCACGGCGCGCUGACGUUCUGGCUGCUCGACACGCUUCGCAAGGACCCCUCGAGGGCCCGCUCCACGCGGAACCUGUACCGGCGCGUGUCAUCCAUGAUCCAAAGCAUCUACUCGGACCAGCUGCCGCUUAUCGGAGGCGCGACGGACCGAGCCUUCUUCGGCAUCGGCGACAUCGCUCCUGUAAACUUUAUUCAGGUGACUAAAAUCUACACGAGUGGCGGCAAGGUGGAUUGCGUGGAUCUCGAUGGCGGGACGCUCCACGGUGUCGACAAAGGAUUUAAGUACGGCAUCUUCUCCUCCACUGACGAGGAGAACACGGUUGACGUAAGCGGCGAGAGGCUCGCAGUGGUCGAAGUCAUCGAAGUCACUCAGCAGAAAUCCAAGGCCAAGCUGGACGAGCCAGUCAAGAAGGGCAUGAUUGAGCCCGGGUGCAAAGCCGUGCUUCUCAGCGUGCCACCCAAGCUUCAAUUCCGGAUCGGCUUCUCAAACGAAGUCAGUGCCGAAGUCGAGAGGCUGUUUCUCCAAGCAUGGAAUACUGUGCCCACCCAGAGGAGGGCUCGGAUGCGCGUCCUUGCCAGAAGUGAACGUCUCCCUGUGACCUUCAUCAUCAGCGUCAACAAUGCCGAGAACUUUGAGAUCCUGGACAGGGACGGAGUCAGCCUCCCCAAUCUCGAGCCGCCACUAUCGCCUCUCCCCGCGAAGGACCCCACCUCGUCGAUGAGACUCGUCUACAGGCUGGAACACCUCGCCUUGUUCAACAUGGUUAAGGCGCUGGAGAACCCAGACGAGACAUCGGCGAUGCGCCGGGCCUUUGAGGUCACUAUACUGGGCAAGUCCAUACGUAGGGACUUCAGCGACAUAGCGCCAGCGAAGGAGCACAACGGUGCAUACGAUCUCAAUCACGAGGAGUACUUGAGGGUGCAGGUCAAUAAUACCUGGAAACAGAAGCUUCAUCUAGUAGUCUUCGACCUACAGCCACUCUACGGCGUCACGCAGGUCUACCCAUCGGGGGGCGACUCGGAGCCGCUUGACAAGGACCAGACGUUAGUCGUCCCGCUGCGGAUGAAAAUUCCGGGGAAUUUUGAAGGUACGGCCUGCGUGGAUACCUUCAAGUUCAUCGUGACACCGGAGCCGACGCCUCUGGCCGUUUUGGAGCUUGAAGACCUUUGCGACGCCGAGAACGCUCGGAAAGGUAGUGGGUCUAACAACCCGCUGCAGGACAUGUUGGACGGCCUCAUGUUUGGGCUUCGGAACGGCAGAUGUGAGCCUAUCGAUGAGUGGGCAAUUAAGACGGUCAAUGUUCGAACCCGCGAGAUCAGCCUGCGUAGGUAACAAUUCAUGUAUCUAGGUACCUUAUUCGUAGUCAAGGUAUACAUUCGAUGGCUAGCAGCCCUGUCAUACACACAUGGAAAGCCUCAAACUAGAUACUAAGUCGUAUGUUGUCCUCGUUGCUCCGCGAACUGGAGGGAAGGGCCUAUUUCUUGGCAGGCCCUUUCAUAGCGUGAAGACCAAUGCCG